AUGCAUGCGGCAAGCAAGUUCUGCCCGCAAUUCGCGAAUUCGACAGAGUUCCCACAGGCCAUACUUCGCGAUAGUGAAUUCGUGCUGAACUUUCAUGAAGACCAGAAGGAUUGUCUCAAUCCAAAUGGCCAUAGUUCAUUCAAAAACAACACACCCAGUGAUAUGCCACUGCUAGAUGCUGCCAGUCAGGAUCCCCUUGAGGCGGUAUUGGUACCCUUCCGAUUCCUCCCUAUGUGA